CUGUUUCCGGGGUGGAGCCAGGGAGGGUGGGCGUUUAGGCUGCGCCGACCCCUCAGCCCCCCUCCAGGAGACGUUCGGAACCCAGGACAUGUCGGGAUUGAGGAGAUACGAGGUGGCGCUGGAGGCGGAGGAGGAGAUUUACUGGGGCUGCUUCUACUUUUUUCCCUGGCUGCGCAUGUGGCGGAGGGAGCGGAGCUCAGCGCACCCUCGGGAGCAGAAGCUGGAGCCUCUGCGGGGCCUGAUGAGCUGUCUGUCAAGCGGCCUGGGCCCUGCUCCCCAGCGCUCGGGUCGCAGCCUCCCCCGCCGCACCCCCGCUGCCACUGCCCAGCCAGCUGGUGCAUUAAAGAUUUAAAC